AUGCAUACAGUUGUGAGUUGGGAGAUAGAGAAAUACGAAGCAGACCUAGUUUUGUCCAAAUCUGAUUGGCAGCGCAUGCAGGACAGUGUGAACUGAGUGAAUCGUCACAGCAGAAGUGUCAUAGCAGCGGCUGAACAGCGGGAGGCGCUGCACAUGCGCUCUAAAGAGCUCGUCAAACCCAACACCAUAGCUGGAAAACAAUGGAAAAAACUGGAGGCGAAAACAAUUCGAGAGGCGAUGAAAGAGGAGGAGAAGAAACGUAUCUACUUGGAAGAAGCAAGAUAACAGGCCCAGAAAAGAAAGGAGGCUAUUGAAAAAACUAAAACCCAGCAGUACCACCAGACUGACAGAGUCAAAGGCCUCCAUAGCGCUCUGAGGCUGGCGGAGGUCCUGAAGGAAAGAGAGGCUCAGAUCGAGCUCAAGCGCAUGAGGCAGAACGCCAGCAGAGCCGUGGACAGAGAGAUCUUGGCCCGAAUGGCUUGCAGAGAAGAGCAGGCGGUCCAGCAGGAGCGACAGAAAGCACUGCAGAGAAAACGAGACCAACUGGCCAUUUCUGAGUGCUUGAAACUACAGGUUAAGGAGCAUGACAUGAAGAAGGAGCAGGAGAGGAGAAGGGAGGCUGAAGAGAUGAAGCAACUCCGAGAUCUUCAUCUGAGGGAACAGGCCAUCAAAGAGCGCCAGAAUCGAGAAGUGAAGAGAAAAAGAAUGAAUGCUUUUCGUGACCAUUUGACCAACAGAGAGCUGACAAAAGCAGCGGAGGCUCGGAGGCAAGGGGAAGAGGAGGAGAAGAGAAAGCAGAUCGCCAGCCAGAGCGAAAAAGUGACGAGAAUGAGGAGAGAAAAACAGGAGGAAACAUUUAGGUAUUAGCGUCAAAGACAUAGAGAGACUGUUAUACAGAAGUUAGCCGUGCAGAAGCAGGAAAAAAUCAGCAAUGAGGAAGAUAUCAUCGCAAAAGCAGUCGCUGAACGUGAGGCCAGACGGGCCCGAGUGCAGCGCGAGAAAGAAGAAAAACAUGAAGCCAUGUUGAAAUCUAUCUCUGCACACAGAGAAUCCAGGAGGCAAGAGCUGGAACAGAAAGCUCUGAAGAUGCUGAAUGCAAAGAAGGAAGCAGAUCAAAUCUUCAUGGAGAAGCAAAAACUUCAAGCUCAAAAAGCUAAAGAAGAAGGAAUAGCACUCCAAUACACAUACAUACAACAAAUGAAAGAAAAACAGACCACAAAUCGUCGUGCGAAAAAAGAACUGAAAGACUUUGUGGCAAAGAACACCGCUCUCAUUGUUGAGGAGGAAACCCAGUUCCAGAAAUACGCCAAUCAAGUCAUCGAAACAGCCGAGAAGGCAGGGAGAAACAUCUACCCGCUCCUAAAGAACAAGCGGUCAGUCCGUAGAUACGGCAAGAGCGUGCAAGCGUUUUUUUAA